UGUUCAUGGGGCGCGUUAACUUUCGCUUCCCGAGCAGCGCGUCUAUUUGUACCUGCAUCUAAAGAAAGAGGAACUGUGCUCUCAGAUCGCCAGGGCGGCUCGGUGGGGCAUCACACGCACUUUGAGUCACACGGACCGGGCGGCUGUGCGUCUCCUCUCCGGUGUCAGCAGGGCAGCCCGAGCAGCAGACAUGAUGGAGGCAUCUGAUGCAGAAGAGCUGAUCAGGGAGCCUGAGCAGCCUGCAGCGCCCCCCAGUGGCAGCACCAACAACCUGAUGAACGUGGGCCAUGAGGGAAACAUCCAGGGCCAGAUGGAGGAGUUCCUUGGCCCACAGGCUGAGUACGAUGAGGAGGAGGAGGAGAGGAAGUACUACAGGAGGAAGAGGCUGGGGGUCAUCAAAAAUGUCAUUGCAGCCAGCGUUGGAGGCAUGAUCGUAUACAGCGUGUACAUGGGCCUACUGCAGAUGCAGCUGAUCCUGCACUAUGAUGUGACCUACCGGGAGGUGAAGUACAGCAAUCUUGGUCUGGAGGAUAUUGACGAGAAGAUGCUGAUGGGCAUCAAUGUCACUCCCAUCAUAGGCCUGCUGUACACCCCUGUGCUCAUCAGGUUUCUCGGCACUAAGUGGAUGAUGUUCCUGGCCUCGGGAAUCUACGCACUUUUUGUCUCAACCAACUACUGGGAGCGUUACUACACCUUGGUCCCGUCAGCUGUCGCCAUUGGUGUAGCCAUUGUGCCGCUGUGGGCCUCUUUGGGGAACUACAUCACUAGGAUGGCCCAGCAGUACUACGAAUAUGCCAACUACAAGGAGGAGCAUGUCCAGGAGCAGAAGAAGCUUCCUAAAGGGGCCUGCCACAGCUACAUCAUCGUCUUCCAGUCAGUCUUUUACAUCAUCUUCCAUCUGAGUUUUGUGUUUGCGGAGUUCCCCAUGCGUCUCUUCCUCCACUCCUACCUGCAUGACUACAACCACACUCUCUCCCGUGUCAGCCUGUGUGGUGCGGGGAUCAGGGGACUGAUCCCGGGCUUUAACACCACCGUGCUGACCAAACUGCCCCAGUCCAUGCUGCUCAUCCAGGUGGAGAGUGUCCUGAUGAGCUUCGCCUUCCUGGCUAUGAUUAUUUUCCUGGUGUUGUGCGGUGCAGCCUACCGCCCGACAGAAGAGAUCGACCUACGCAGUAUCGGCUGGGGAAACAUCUUCCAGCUGCCUUUCAAACACCUGAGAGACUACCGCCUGCGCCUACUCUGCCCUUUCUUCAUCUACAGCGGUUUUGAAGUGCUCUUUGCCAUCUCUGGACUUUCCCUGUCGUAUGGUGUAUGUGUGUUGGGCCUGAAACAACUCUGGCUCCUUGUGCUUGCCUACGGCCUCUCCUGCUCCCUCUUUUCCUCCCUCUCUCUCUCCCUCCUGCGUCUCCCGCGCUGGGUGUCUCUGCUAGGUGGCGCCGCCGUGCAUUUCGUGCUGCUGGUGGUUCUCCUGGCAUGGUCCCCCCUCCCGCGCAAUCCAAACCUCCUCGCCCCUCUGUUGGUGCUCUCUGUGCUCUGGGGACUCGGCACGGCCCUCAACAAGACCGGCCUCAGCACCCUGCUCGGUAUGCUGUAUGAAGACAAGGAACGUCUGGACUUUGUCUACACCAUCUAUCACUGGUGGCAAGCCAUCGCCAUUUUCAUAGUCUACCUCUGGUCCAAACUGCCUAUGAGGGCCAAACUCUCCAUCCUAUUGGCCACUCUGCUGCUGGCCUGCUACUGCUAUUGGGUGAUGGAGCGUCGCCUGGCCAGGAAAGUGCCUCCCAGGGUGCCUCGCAUCCCUCGCCCACGGCACAAGGUCAAAGGCUACCGCUACCUGGAAGAGGACAACUCCGAUGAGUCAGACUCCGAGAACAACGAGGAGGAUGAAGAGGAAAAAGAGAGGGAGGAUGAAGAGCCGGAGGUGGAGGAGAUAGGAGACGAGAACGGGGCGCUCCGGGGCCAAGACGAAGGAUCCUGGGGGACUAAUGCACCCAGAGCCAGGAGGGGAGGGUAUAGAAGGCACCGGGGGAGACGGGAAGACACCCAUGUGCAGGAGGGAGACAUGGACGAGCAGGAGGGAGGGUGAGAGACGAGAAAGGAGUAAAAUGGAGGGAAGAAGGCGGACAGGGGAGAACAGAGGACAGAAAUGCAUGGAGAGGUGCUGGACGCUGCACUGUUGAUGAAGCUGUACUUUACCUCCAUGAAUAUCUGGAUGCUGGGUGAAAAUGAGCCACAGUCCACAUGAGUUAUAUGUGAAGUGUUUAGACUGAAUACUAAUGCAAACAAAAAUAUACCAAACACAUUUUUUUCUUUGGCAUAAACUUGAAUUAAAAUGCUCUAAUUAGCUAUCCAUCACUGUGACAAUGAAAAAGGUUAAUUGAAAAUAAAAUGUGCCAGAACUAAAAUUAUGACAGUCUUAAAAGUCACCACUCAAGGGAUAAAAAUACCCUCUGAACCCAGAAGCACGAAAACAUAUCACACAGCUCCACUCAUGUUUUGAGUUGUUAUUUGUUACAACCGGAGGCGUUGAUUCAGCAAAGGCCAAGGUUACCAUGGAUGUAGUAUUGUUUUUCUUUCUGUCAUUAUUUGCCAUCAAACGAUGGAUAUGAUAUUAGGUAGCUACAUUUUUAUACAGAAAAUAUCCAUACUCUUUUAUUUGAUAGUGUCUCCCAUCUUUGCUGAGCAGUAGUUUUGUACGAAGGCAGGUCCCUUAUAGGCGUCUGUCCCAAAUAUCAGCCGGAUAUACUCAGAUGAUGAUUGAGGCAAAUAGAACUGACAGUGGGCUAUUUAGUGCCUGAUUCAGUCUUUGAGCAGCCAGAACAGAAGGACCUGCUAUGCUGUUGAUCAGAUGUAUAGCUCUCUCUCACAUUCACAGCGCCUAAUGUUUGCAGAGCAGUGAAAAUGCAUAUUUCAGCACCAUGGACAGAGAGCAGAGGACUAAUUAUUAUUAGUCAUUUGUUUAAACCACAUAAAAUUAACAAAUGUAUUGAAUUACAUGUUAAUUUCUGGUAGGUUAGCAAUUAAAGAGUGUUCAAAACACAGCAAAACAAAAGCACAAAUAAUAAACAGUAAUUUGGCACAAAAAAAUAGGCGACUACAGUUGCCAAAUACCACGCAGGCUGAUUUCAGUUUUCAUUCGAUUUCUUUUUUGAUUCCCUUCGUUAGAGUUGCAGGAAAAAGCGCCUGCAAUCACAGCCUUCAUUUGUACAGGCUGUUGGAAAACCUCUUCAUAACACACUGUCCAAACUGUACCUAACUGAUGUAUGUGGUUACAGCCUUUGUGGCUCAUGUUUGCCAAAGACUGCCAGUGAUCCUGCAGGACACUGCAUUUGUAACUGGUUGCUUUUGUGCAUCAUUAGAUAGAAAAAAUAUUGUGUAACAUGUAAAUUCGUGUAUUUUUAGUUGGAGAAGUUGUCCACAAAUAAAGAAUGGAAAGCCACUGAAACAGGAUGAGGAAUUGAUUUUUUUUUUUCACCGUAACCACAGGGUGUGGUUGUGUUUAGCAUAAGACUUUUUAUAGAUUCAUUUUUAAAGAGCCUGGUCCUGCUGCUUGUAAGUAGGCCUAGUUCUUCAAUAACAUAUGCAGUCACAGCUGCAUUUGUGUCACUCUCUGUUUUCAUAUUCAACA